AUGCUUCGUUUUCUACUGUUGGGGCUAGUGGUAUCGGUGUUUUUAUCGUUUCCUUCAGUGAGGGCCGACGAUGAACUGACCGAACAAGAGGUACUAGAAGCGGUUGAAAGAGCGCUAGAUGGUCAACUCAGGGAUACAGAGGUCCGGGGAGCUGGUGAUAGCGAUAGCGAAGAAUUCGACUGUGAAGGAAAUCCAGAAUGCGAGAACUGUUUUGCCAACUGCGAGAGUGAAGAGGAUUGUGCAGUGCUAUGCGCUGUGCUCUUUGGCCAAAAUAAUGAAGACAAACGUGGAAGUGUAAUGACGCGAGGAUGGAUACGACGAGUCAGGAACCCUUUCCGCAAUAUUCGCUGGCCACGAAUUCCACGAAUUCCACACAUUCCGAUUCGGCUUGGCAGAAUUAAAUAGCCAUAGACGUGUCAUCAGAUCGUGCUUUAACGGAACAGAAAUGCUAUCAAAUAAACAAAAAUACUUAGGGGAGUAAAAAUUGCGAAAAACAGUGCUUACACACAGUGUUUAUUAAUUGCCUGUAAAAUAUAGCAUUAGCUGUAAUUAUUGUUUAGAGAAACAGGAAAACAAAAUAUCAGUUCAAAUUUGUUAAAGAUACGAUUGUGCACAUUUUGAUAAAGGUUUCGCACAUAAGAAUAUAAUGGAAUGCAUGUUAACAAAAUAAGUGUCACGUCCGGCUAUGUAUAUCAUGACUGCCUGCAGUUUUUCUCUAAUUUAAAUUUAAUGAUAUGUGCUCGUAGUGAAAGAAUUAACUCGCGAUGAGCAUGGUUUAGUUAAUACAAUCUACAAGAUCGUAUCUUUAAUUAAAGAAAGCAACACCCACUUUUAAAUUAGUACAUGCAAUAUGUAUAUUCAUAAUUCUAUUUCUAACCCUGUUCCUGUCUUGUAAAGUAAAUUCUGAAAUCUAAGUGAAUUGUUUGUUUGUUUCCGCUUAUGAACAUGUAUGUUAACUCGUAUUAAAGGAAAAGGCCAUUCGGAACUUCUCGGUCAUUUUUAUCGAAAACAAUCGGCGGUUUACAAUGUCAGAAAUCGGUACACUUUAACUACGCAGCAAGUAGUAAUUUCAAUUAAUUUAGCAGUUUACUGAACAAAUACAAGCUAAAUCACUUCAUUUAAUUAAUAAUAUGAUUCAAAGUUUUACGAACUACUUCUACUGAUGUACCGGCAUACAUCCGAGGUUGUGUCCGUAGAAAAUGGCCGAGGUGUUCCGAAUGAGGAAAGGUUUUUGACAUCUCGUUCAAGGUCGCAUCGUUUAAAGGGCACCAAAUCGUCCCACUAAUUGAAAGUUUGGUAGUGUCAUUCGAAACACUCGGCCAUUUUUAACCGAAGACAACAUCGGA